UCCUGGCUGUCCGCAGACAUCCAGUGCUGCACCGAACGCCACCGAGAGCGGUCUUGUUCUCGUCGAGCAGAGCGGACAGACAGCGAGCCGGGCCGUGGUUUUCGGGAUCGCGCCGUCAGGUCGUCGUGUGGAGCGAGUCCCAUCGAGUGUGCCCCCAUGCCCCCCAUGCCCGCGGCGAGGGUUUGCCGAGAUCGCCGGCGUGCAUGCGGAUGCGGACCGAGCCCGAGCAGCGCAUGACGGAUAGCACUCGCCACUGUUCCCCGCACGCCGCCACCGCCUGUCGAUGGGGCUGGGGUCGGCCGUGGCUGUGGUGGCGCUAGUGGCCGGAGCCCUCGGCGGGGCCAGCGCCGGCCUCCUGGACUGGGGCCGCUCCGACAGGCCCGCCCUCGAGGUCAACAUCCCCUGGCUGCCGUUCGAGAACGAGACGCGCUGCUACGACGAGCUGGGCUGCCUGAACGUGACGCGGGACUGGUACCACCUCAUCUACCGGCCGUUCAAUGUGUUCCCAUUGCCCCGGGCUGUGAUCGACACCAAAUUCAUCCUGUACACGAGACAGAACCCCAACGAGGGUCAACUCCUCCGUGUGCAGAAUGAGAAGACGAUGCUCAAGUCAAACUUCGACCCCAAAAAGGAAACCAAAAUUAUCAUCCACGGCUUCAUCGACACCCCGCUCAGCUCCUGGGUGAAGGAAAUGCGCCGGGAACUGCUCAAGAACUCGGACUGGAACGUGGUGGUGGUGGACUGGGCGGGCGGCUCCUUGCCGCUGUACACGCAGGCGACCGCCAACACGAGGCUCGUGGGCCUGGAGGUGGCGUACUUCGUCAACUACCUGCAGGAGCACAUGGGCCUGGACCCCGGCAAGGUGCACAUGAUCGGCCACAGCCUGGGGGCGCACACCGCGGGCUACGCGGGGCAGCGGAUAGCGGGGCUGGGCCGCAUCACGGGGCUGGACCCCGCCGAGCCCUACUUCCAGGGCAUGCCCACAUCCGUGCGGCUGGACACGUCGGACGCGCGCUUCGUGGACGUCAUCCACACGGACGGCACGUCCAUCUUCCUGCUCGGGUACGGCAUGUCGCAGCCGUGCGGCCACGUCGACUUCUACCCCAACAACGGCAAGGAGCAGCCCGGCUGCUCGGGCACGGACGCGCCGCUGCCGCUCACGCUGAUCCGCGAGGGCCUGGAGGAGGCCAGCCGCGUGCUGGUGGCGUGCUCGCACGUGCGUGCCAUCAAGCUCUUCACCGACUCCAUCAACGCCCCCUGCCCCUACAUCGCGCACAAGUGCGAUUCGUACGAGCAUUUCCUCGAGGGGAAAUGCUUCAACUGUGCCACCAACUCCAGCAACUGCGCCCUCAUGGGCAUGCACGCCACGGAGACUCCGAUCGGCCCCCCGGGCAGCAAGUACUUCGUCGCCACGGGCAAGGACACGCCGUUUUGCAGGCGCCACUACCGCAUCACGGUGCACCUAGCCCGGCCGCCGCGCGCUGAGUCCUGGGUCCAAGGCUUCAUGAAAGCCACCAUCCACAGCGACAGCGGCGUGGCCCGCAACCUGGACCUCACGCCCAGUGGCUACGUCCGGCUGGAGCACGGCGAGGCUCGCAGCUUCGUGGUGACACACCCUCUGGACAUGGGCUCCGGCCCCGUGCGGCGCGCCGAGCUCUACUGGGAGUACGACAUGGACGUGCUGCAGCCGCGCUCGCUGUGCUUCUUCUGGUGCAACGACCACCUGUACGUGUCUAGCGUCCAGGUGCAGCAGCUGGGGCUGGACAUGGACGCGGCCAAGGACGGCCGCGGCAAGCGCAACGUGGAGCCUGCCCCGCAGCUGUGCACCGUCGGCACCAAGGAGUACGCCGACAUCGCGUCCCGGUCGUCCGCCACCUUCUUUGACAACUGCGGCACGGCCAGGGGCAACCGUCACUACACGGAGACCAACGAGGACACGUGAGAGACAAGACUGGACGUGUUUGGGACAACGAGCGUCAAGUCAAACCUAAGCGUGCAAGAAACGCCUCCGAUCAGGAACACUUCGGGGCGCGGCCCCAUUUAGACGCGAAGUGAUGGACAGUUCGUAGAGACAAGUAAUAAGUUCUGUGAUGUUUUGUAGUUGUUAAGUCCGCUUACCACCCCAACCCAGCUGAUUAGUUUAUUUAAAAGCGAUUGUUGUUUCGGUUCAGUGCCCAUUAAGUAUUAUUAUCACAACAACACAAAGUAGCAUUUAUAGGAAGUGUAAAGUAUGAAGCCAUAACUCUGAAUGUUCAGAAAAAGAACAAAUAAUAUAGGUGAGCGUGUAAGUUCCUAUUGCUAAAAUGAAGUUUGAAGUACUGUGAAAGUGUAUUGUAAAUGGUAAAAUCAGUGUCUUAGAUAUUAUGCACUAAGUAUUUACGACGAACCGUGAUCGAUGAGAAAAUUAAAUACAUGGAAAAGUGCCAUAAGAGGCAAUCGCUAAGUCGGCAAAGGACGAAUCGAAAACUUCUGUCCUUUUUACUGUGCUGUUCAGUCAAAUAUAAAAUGCUGUCGAGUACUGAAAAAGCUGUCGUGUAUACAUAAAUUAUAAAAAGUUUAAUGCCUAUGUUUUCGAUCGUUAAUAAGCCAAAUUUUUAAUAUAUUUGCGUGACUGUUGCGUAAUACAAGUUUACUUGUGUGUCUGUUUUGUAAAUAAAUGUUUCUUUUUAAAGUA